CCCAAGAUGGCGGCAGCGUCGGAGGAGAGGAUGGCUGAGGAAGGAGGCGGCGGCCACAGCGACGGUGGCUCCUCUUCGGCCCCGGGCUGUGUCCAACGACAGCCCCCACCGGCGCCGUCCCAGACCCCGCAGCCGGGGUCCCAGGUGUCCCCAGUGCCGGCGCUGGCUCCUGACCAGCUGCCUCAAAACAACACGCUGGUGGCGCUGCCCAUCGUAGCCAUCGAGAACAUCCUCAGCUUUAUGUCUUACGACGAAAUUAGCCAGCUCCGCCUGGUUUGUAAAAGAAUGGACUUGGUCUGUCAGAGAAUGUUGAAUCAGGGAUUUCUGAAAGUGGAGAGGUACCACAAUCUAUGUCAGAAACAAGUUAAAGCACAACUCCCAAGGAGAGAGUCAGAAAGGAGAAAUCACUCACUAGCUCGUCACGCAGACAUCCUUGCUGCUGUCGAAACACGGCUGUCACUAUUAAAUAUGACUUUCAUGAAGUAUGUGGAUUCAAAUCUUUGUUGCUUCAUCCCAGGAAAGGUGAUUGAUGAGAUUUACCGUGUGUUGAGGUAUGUCAAUUCUACCAGAGCCCCUCAACGAGCCCAUGAAGUACUGCAGGAAUUAAGGGAUAUUUCUUCCAUGGCAAUGGAAUACUUUGAUGAAAAGAUUGUCCCAAUUCUAAAGAGGAAAUUGCCAGGAUCAGACGUGUCUGGAAGACUCAUAGGCUCUCCUCCAGUCCCAGGACCAUCUGCAGCCCUGACUACAAUGCAGCUCUUCUCUAAGCAAAACCCUUCCAGACAAGAGGUUACCAAACUCCAGCAGCAGGUUAAAACAAAUGGUGCUGGCGUGACUGUUCUCAGGCGUGAAAUUUCUGAGCUUCGCACCAAAGUGCAAGAACAACAGAAACAGCUUCAAGACCAAGACCAGAAACUGCUAGAGCAGACCCAGAUCAUAGGUGAACAGAAUGCACGGCUGGCAGAGCUGGAACGCAAACUACGAGAAGUAAUGGAAAGUGCAGUAGGAAACUCAUCAGGGCCUGGGCAGAAUGAGGAAUCUCCUCGGAAACGAAAAAAGGCAGCAGAAGCCAUAGACUCACUUAGGAAAUCUAAACGUCUUCGGAAUAGAAAGUAAAUUGGAACACGGUUCUAAUGCCAGAGGAACAUGUAGCUUGGUAGCUUAAGCAGUUAUGCAUAUCAGGACACUGAGCAAUACAGUGUCCCUGAGGCUUCUAGGCUUUCAGAAUACAACUUGAACUCUUAGGUUGGGACAUUCUUUCCCGCUUCUCCUGGUUGAACUGAUGCACAGAAUCUUUUUAUUUUGCAAUAGAUUUGUACUAACCAGACCUGUUCUAUCAUGUUUUGAGGAGUUAGCAUUUUUUUUUUCUGUGCAGAUAAUGUUUAAGUUUAUUUGUUUCUGCAAAUAUGCACAUUACAUAGGGAUCUUAAACCCAGUCUUGAUAGACAAGAAGUUAAUUCAGAAAAUGUCCUGUUCACUUGAAAGAAAAACCUUUUUAAAUGGACACUAUGUUGUUUAAAAAAAAAAAAAGUUGACUUUUUGUUAUAAGUGACCUUCGUCUGGAACGUCUGAAAAGUAGUUAAUGCUUUUUGGUAUUGAACUAAUGGGUAACUUCAGUGGACUUCCAUAGUAUUGACUGUAGAAGGAGCCUCUACAGUAUCGACUAUAUAUUUUUAUAAACUACUGGCAAGGGACUUACCCAAUUAUUGCAUACACGUUUUUAGUUCUCUUUUGGGGCCAUGUCCAACAUUUGCAUGGAUGGAUGCAUGCAUUGCCUAGUCAACUCACUUCAAAAGCUCUUGCACUGGUAUUGAUCUUGAACCUCUCCACUCUUUAGAGCAGCAUCUUAGUUCAAGGCUUAAUAUCUUACACCACAAUAGCUUGCCUCUUUAGGCGGGGGAUUAUUAGUCCAUUACCCUCCAUUUUUAUAACAAAAGACUAUUAAAGCCCAUUGCUUUUUCUGUCUGUAAGGUUCAGGUUCAGAAGCUAAGGCAGAACCCAAGAUUCCAAGGCGCAGAUCUUUGUCAGACCUCCAGGAGCGGAUACUGAUCCUCCCUCUCACUGCCUGCUCACUGAUUAAACGGGAUAUGAGACCCAACAUGUGGAAUUCAGUGUAGCCUUUGAAGAAAAUUGUACACAGCAAAGCAUUUUGAUCAUUUAAUUUAUGGGGGAUGACCUGAGGGGAAAGCUUUCUAUUCAUUUCAAGCUUUCCUAUCCUAUGACUUUAAAGCUUUAAUUUUGUUUGCACUCCUGUUUUGAGCUUGUAACUGGAAAAGCAUGUCUUGCACUGUUCAACGUUUCCGAGUGGUCACUUUAACAGCUCCCAAAUGGUGUAUAAUGGGGUUUCUUCCCCAGUUGUAUAUUUUUAAGACCUCCAAUUGUCACUGUCCUUGUUUUAUUUUAUGUGCUAAAUUAUGUAGUUAUCUGGCUGUUAAGUUCUUUUAAACAACUGUUGCCUUGGGCUUCAGUUACAUAUGGUAAGUUUAGGUGUUAAUAUAGAAAGUCAUCCCUUCCCAGGUGAAUUUAUUCAAUAAAAGCACAAAAUUAUCAACGUUUUUUUUUUAUCCGUCCAACAUGACAUGGUUUUGCAUCCUUUAGGUUAAUAUUACCAAGCGAAACUUUUUCCUUUCCAUUUUUAAUAUUAUCCUUUCAUAAUAUUGUCCUUAGAUUUUGAUCAAUUCUAUGUCUAACUUGGAAACUCCAUUUAACAAUGUAGUAUGUUUUCAGUGAAAAACCAUAAAGUAAUACCCAAAUGUUUCAUGGUUUGUUGGGAAGGUAAUUCUAAAAUAAACAGUUUCCAAAAAAUGUUUGUCAGCCCAGGUUAUCCAUAAAAGUCCCUGUCUGGAACUCGUUUUCUCAGCAGGUCUCAUUUUUGUAAUCAUGGGAUUUAGCCAUAUUAUCGUGUCUUUGGAGGAGGCCUACUGGAAUACUUAUGGCCUUUAAUAUUCUGCUUUUCUGGAACUUUUUAAAGUAUCAAAGUAUAUGUUUACAGGUGUACAAUGUAUGAUCCUUAUGCAUCAAAGGGAUAUUAGCCUUGGGUUACUUAUUGUUGAUGAAUUAUUAACAAUUUCCUGAAUUUGUUUUCAACUACAUCUAGCUACCCUAAAUAUAUGUAUAGUCUGUGACAUUCAUAAUAAGCAUUCACAUCCAAAUAAGCAUUAGAAGGUAGAUGCUCUCUUCCAAAAUCCAGAUUUCUACAGCAUAAAGUUGAGUUGUAUUUGUUAAUACAGAAAUAUUCUGACAGGAGAUAACACUACAAUUAAGUCUUAAGAUCACUUAGACUAUCUAGCUAACAUGACAGGAUAUUGUCCUACACUACUUAGUUGGAUGCUUAUUUGACAACUGUUAACACUUGCUUUUUGGAUAGUGUAGUGAUAUUUAAGAUUCAACAGAUCAGGUUACCUGAAUUAGCUAAAACUGACACAUAAUGUGAAAGUGUAAAUUAGCGUCCAAACACAAUCAUCCUGCCUUUACAUUGUUAAUAUUGUCUUGUCCUAGUAUCACAUUUCAUGAAGUAUUCCCAUCAGCUUCCUUGGCUGCCUCUCAAUGGGUCAUCCCCACCUAUAAGUUAAUGAUGGUACCACACUAUCCACAAGGAUAAAAUGUGAAAGGCACAUCAGAGAAAGGAAGAGCACUGGCCCCACUUCCUCGGGCCAUCCCUGCUUCUCUCACAUGGACUUGGCUGUCUUGCUUUUCACAUAAUCUGAAGUUUAGCUUCAUAAACUCCUCUUUUGAUGUAAAGAACCUGGGAAUAAUUGAGCAAACAUGGAUGUAUUCAGAGCAGUCAUACUCUUUGAAGACUCUUGGGGUGCCAUCAGGUCUAAAAACCACCAGUUUUGGAAGCGAAUUUUUUUGUAAAACAUUUUUUUGGCAUACUGAACUUUGCAGGGGCUUGCCUUAAUCUCUAGUAGCUUCAAGAUGUAUGCGCUAUUAUACUGUAUGUUAAAAUGUUGAAAUAUUCUAUGUAGCCCCAAAGAUGGGUAAAACAGAGUAUAAGUAAUACCUAAAUAAAUAAGCUGAAAGGUGUCACUACAGCUGGAUUUUUGAGAGAAAAUGGACAUAGAAAAAUAGGCUAUGUGUAAUAAAAAUAAUGGCACCUUAAGAUUGCACUAUUUUAUGCAUUAUUUUAUAUGCCAUUUCAUAGCCUGCACUUUAACCUCCAAAGAAACAAUGUGUAAUGUCCCACUUGUUCUUUGUUAUUAAUAAACUUUUUUCCAAUGACAGGGCACUUAAUUCUAUUUUACUAUACUGAAUUUGUUUCUUGGAGGUGGAUUCCUUUUUUGAGUUCUCUGUUUCCUUAGCCAUAAUAUUUUGUAGGAUCUGGGAACUCCUACUUUGUCUUUUUCCUAUAGUAUCUAAUGUUAAUUUAAUGUAAAUGUAAAUCUCAUACUUGGUGAUCAGCACAUUCUUCCAUCCUGCUCUAGCAGUGAGUACCCAUCUGUUAGACUUACUCAACUCUUUUAAAAAUAAAUGCUGUGAGUAAUAUGUGAAGCCAAGAAUAAAAGGCACUGUGAAAGGAAACAUCCCAUAUAAUGCACUCUCAUGGGAAGAGUAGACUGACAUGAAACCCAGCUUGAUACACUGUCCAAUGCUUUCAACUUGUCUGAGUUCCUUUAGCACACAGAAGGUUACGUGAGUACUACUUAAAUACAAACUUUUAUGGUCUGCCAUCUGCUGCACAUUGUUUUUAACUGUUAAUCUGCAAAAUGAGACUAGCAAUUAGUUGGCUGCAACUUACCAUGGUCUUUUAAUAACAGCAUAGUUAUUCAUGGUGAUAAAUACAACAGGCUUAAGUAACGUUGGCCUUUUGCAGCUUCCUAAGAAAUGUGGAUCAAUUCCUAGAGUUCUAAUUAAGUCCAAAUUUGUCCUGUUGUGUCUGAAGAGAACCAUGCAUACUGGUAACCUACUAGGUCCAUUGCCAUUGUGUACCGGUCCAUAUUCAGAGCUAUCCUGAAAGCUUAGAAGUGUUUAAAAUUCCUUCAUGUGGUACCAUGUCUGUGCAACAAUAAAUACUAGUUUACUUUCUGGAAUUAGAACUGUUACAACCUAAUCAAUGAUUGGAAAGUGAAAAACACCUCCCGGUCACACAACAGGGUACAUAAAUAAAUGUGUUGUUACCAGU